CUCACUUAUUUGCAACCGUGGUUGCGGUAGGCUAAAUCUUCCAUCUCAGUCUCUCCCUCUCUCUUUCCUAACUCCUCUCUCUCUCUCUGUCUGUCAACAUACGCUCUCUCUCACACUCACACACGAAGUCUCGCAUUUUUGGAUUUGCGUUUCAUGCUGGGGGGUCAGCUGCUGCAGCGGAGCAGCAGUGAGUGGCUUGUUCCAGCGUCUAGCCCUCUGACCAGCUGCCGUAUGUACAUGCAUGGACAGGACACGAUCAGAACUACUGUCGCAGACCAGACUUACAUCUAAAGCGCAUGGACAGACUCUGAACACUGACUUCGUGCGGGCAGGCUGAGGCUCCACUGGGUGAAAAGGAAGAGAGGAAGACAGGGCAAAAGGGAAAGAGAGACCAAGACCCAGAGAUACACUGACAGAGAAACAGAGAGAGAGCCUCAGUGUUCCCUAACUCUGUAAAGGUAAGGGUAGCAGAGGAGACAUAUAAGAGGCAGUGUGUUUAGGAGAGCCCAGGGCAUUUGGGCUGCGUUACCCCUUUAGCCCUCUAGUGGGUGCCCUCGCCCAUAUCAGGCCUGAAGGGACAUGGCCAUCUGAAAGACUCUUCUCUCUACCACCUUCCACCACUCCCUCUAUCAGUCUCUUUUUUUCAACAACGUAACUCUAAUCAACUCUCGUUGCCAUGGAGAAGACAUACUCCCUCACAGCCCACUACGAUGAGUUCCAGGAGGUCAAGUAUGGUGGUCGCUAUAGCAGCGGCACCCUUAGCAACGGCAUGAGCCUGCACUUGGGCGGGAGCCUAGACCGAAAUAUUGGGCGUGGCCGAGGCAAAGGGGGCGGGGCCAGUGAUCGGAGUCGGGACCUGAGUGGCAUCAACAGAGGACAGGGCCUUCCUCGUUGGAGCCGCAGGGAGAUCUGCCUGCUCUCUGCUCUGGUGUUUGCUGUGGGGAUAUGUGUCAUCCUGGGCAGCAUGCUGGCACUUAAAUACAUCUCCCUGGACUUCCAGCAAGAGGCGCACUGCAGACAGGACUGCCAGAAGAAACGCUCGUUAGUCCGCGCCGCACGCUUCAUCCAGGCCAACAUCGACCCCACCAUCCAGCCCUGCCAGGAUUUCUACAGCUUUGCAUGUGGCGGCUGGCUACAGCGCCAUGGCAUCCCAGAGGACAAGCUGAGCUAUGGCAUCAUCACCGCCAUCGGAGAACACAACGAGGAGAAGCUACAACGUCUCCUGCUGGAGCCAGUGCACCGGCACACCGUGGACUCGGCGGAACGCAAGGUGAAAGAGUUCUACCGCUCCUGUGUGAACAUCCAGGAGAUUGACAAGCUGGGGUCGGGACCCAUGACGGAGGUGAUUGACAGCUGUGGUGGGUGGGACCUGGUUGGAGUGCCCUCUGGUGGUGCGGGGUGGGAGAGCAGUACUGCACCAGCCAGACCAGACUUUAACGAGUUGCUCUAUAGGACCCAGGGGGUGUACAGCACUGCGGUCUUCUUCUCUCUGACUGUCAACGUGGACGAUAAGAACUCCUCACGCAACGCUAUCAGGAUUGAUCAGGAGGGGCUCACACUGCCUGAGAGGACUCUGUACCUGGGGCAGGAUGAGGACAGUGUGAAGAUCCUGGCGGCUUACAAGGCCCUGAUGGAGCGCCUGCUAAGCAUGCUGGGGGCUCACAAUGCCACUCAGAAGUCCAAAGAGAUCCUACAGCUGGAAACACUCCUAGCCAACAUUACUGUGUCUGAGUAUGAUGAACAGAGAAAGGACAUCAACACUAUGUACAACCGCAUCACCCUGAGACAACUACAGCGCAUCGCUCCUAGUCUGCAUUGGAAACGUUUGUUGGACAGAAUUUUCCAUGAUAACUUCUCUGAGGAUGAAGAGAUCGUGGUGUUGGCUACUGACUACAUGGAGAAAGUCUCUGAGAUCAUCAAGACCACCUCCAAAAGGGUUCUCCAUAACUACAUGCUGUGGCGGAUUGUAGCAGCUCUCAGUGAACACCUGUCCACGGCGUUCCGGAGCACCAUCCAUGAGUUUUCCCGGGAGAUUGACGGUACAGAGCGUCAACUGGAGCUGGGGAGGCUGUGUUUCACCCAGGCCAACAAACACUUCGGCAUGGCCCUGGGAGCACUCUUUGUCCAGCAGCACUUCUCCUCUCACAGCAGGGCCAAGGUACAGGAGCUGGUAGAGGACAUAAAGCACUCACUGAACCUCCGGCUGCAAGAGCUGGACUGGAUGGAUGAGGUGACCAAGGAGGCAGCCAGGGCCAAGCUGCAGCAUAUGAUGGUGAUGACAGGCUAUCCAGACUUCCUACUCAAACCAGAGCUCAUAGACCAGGAGUAUGGGUUUGAUGUGGAUGAAAAUACCUAUUUCAAAAACAUCCUCAACAGUAUUAAUUUUAACAUCAAGAUGUCUGUCAAGAAGAUCCACAAGCAGGUGGACAAGACCGCGUGGCUCCUUCCCCCUCAGGCCCUCAAUGCCUACCAUCUCCCAAACAAGAACCAAAUGGUAUUUCCCGCUGGAAUCCUUCAGCCCACGCUGUACGACCCCGACUUUCCACAAUCUCUGAACUAUGGAGGAAUAGGAGCCAUCAUCGGUCAUGAGCUGACACAUGGAUAUGAUGACUGGGGGGGACAGUAUGAUCGCCAUGGCAACCUGAAGCAGUGGUGGACGGAGGAGUCAUACAAGAAGUUCCAGAAGAAAGCAGAGUGCAUCGUCAAACUCUACGACAACUUCACCGUCUAUAACCAGAAAGUGAAUGGUCGUCUGACUCUGGGGGAGAAUAUAGCAGACAUGGGAGGCCUUAAACUGUCUUAUUUUGCAUAUCAGAAGUGGAUCAGAGAACAUGGUCCAGAAAGACCUCUCCCUGGACUCAAAUACACACAUGAACAAUUACUCUUCAUCGCCUUCGCACAGAACUGGUGUAUGAAGAGACGGUCUCAGUCCAUAUACCUGCAGCUACUGACUGACAAGCACGCACCAGAGCAUUACAGGUACAUGCACAUCAGAAAAGUGAGGAAGUGUAUCAGCCUAUCACAGGCCGUACAUAAUAUGAAUCGCCUCUCUGAUUGGACCAUUAUCUCUCCCCUCCACCCCUGCAGGGUGAUUGGCAGCGUGUCCCAGUUUGAUGAGUUUGCCCGAGUGUUUCACUGUCCAAAGGGUUCCCCCAUGCAUCCUGUCAACAAGUGUUCUGUAUGGUGACCUCUGAACUCCUCCACCCACCAACAACUAGAACUUACCUGUGACCUCAACUCUCCUCACCAAUCUGUCUGAGGUGUUCUGUUCAGAUUCACUUCCAUCUCAAUCCUGGGACUACCUUUUUCUCUUAUCACAGAAUUUGCAAAUAAUGUCAUCACCACCAGGCAAAACCAUGAUCACUUCACUGUCUACUCAUGUACAUAUCCAGUGCUUGACUUGGGCAGGAGGUCACUGGUACAGAGUACUGGCACCUCAAAUGUUCUACCGCUUGAGCUCCUGUUCCUCUUAUAGAAUAGCAUUAGCUCAAAGUAUUGUGGAGCUCCUGUACCGAAAAUGAGUACCGGCACCUAUUUCAAUCCAAGUCGAGCACAUCAUUUAUUUAUAUUACCUUUUUGGUUUUGAAUUGGCAUGUCAAUUCAUUCAUUAUUGGAAUCACUUAAACAUCAGAUGUUGACAGUAGUAAAGAGCGUUAUUAAAUCAUAUUGAAGGGAUGGGGAUUGUACUUCCAGUAUGGACUGCAUUCACUCAGAUCACUGUUUUGCCUGCCAAUGUUUUUGGGAGUCUUUUCUGAGGUAAAUAGUGGACACUCUGCUGCCGUCCAGUGGCUGAACAGAGAAGUGGUCUCCGAUGUGGAGACCUUGUUCGUCUUGACUGUUGUUACCGGUCUGGCCUUGUGGACGCCAUUGGAAUGGUGUUACUGUGCGUUUGUACGGUUUUCAAUCCAUAGUGACCUUUUGCUCAGGAUUUGUAGCUAAGUAUGUCCCCAGUGGCAAAGAAUAGUGAUGGAACAUCAUGGACUAGUCUGUCUGAACCAUUAACCCCUCACACCUUAGUGUACAUCAAGGUGAACUAUGCUUCUCAAUCCACCGGAGACUCCAAUCUCCCAAUGUCUCACUGUCACACCCCAGAGUAUGGAUUCUUUAGCAUGACGAUUGUGUUUAAGAUAGAAGCAUGAACCUGUUGAACAACAUCAUCCAUCCUAUUGGACAUUAUGGACUCUGAGCCCUUCCUAUUGGUUUAUGUUAACUCUAGGGCCUUCCUUGAUUGCCCCUGGCCUGCACAGCCAAGAAGCUUUCAAAGGAAGGAUCAAUGUCAUAACAAAUCAUCUAUCUUCUGUACAUACAAAACUGUGAAUCCAGUCAAAAAAACAUUUGUACACAGUAAUAUUAUAAUUUUGUAUGAAGAAUCUAAAAAUAAGAACAAUCUUUGUAUAAGUUAUAAUUGUACAGUUCUUAUUCUGAAAACAGCAUGUUCAAAACCAGCUUUACACAGUGCAGACUGAGAUAAAAGGAUGACAUCACAGUUCUCAGCUCAUAUUUCUUGGUGUUCAAUGUUUUGGAUAAAUAAAAGGGAUCAUUGUGUGA